AGUAUUUUUGUUUUGAGGUGUUAUGAUAGAAUAGAAUACAAAUUAAUUUAUGGCAGCUACUUUGGGAAGAACUGUGACAUCGAAUUGUGAUUUUCAAAAGACAUUUAGGUCAAAUAUUGUAAAAUUAAGCGUUUCAAAGCACUAAUUUUAAGAAGUCUGAAACCGGUUCACACCAAAGUGAAAUUAACCAGCACUAAAACUAGUUAGAAAAGUUUUAAUGAUUUGGUUGAAGGUCUAGUCUAUGCCCUGUGAUUCAUUGCUUUAUGUGAACCUCGUUUUUCUGUCAGUUCUGCUUCAGUAAGGACGUUUUUCUGGUCAAAAAGUUGAAGAAACAGCUGCGUUUUAGGUGGGGUGGAGUCGCACAAUAACGAAGGAACUGCCUGCCAAAAUGUGACUCACCAGAUAUUAUGGACACCCUUAAGAGGAGAAGGAGUGGGAAAGAAAGUUUUAGUUGCUUCAAAAGACGCAUAAAUAAUAUAAUCUGGGAAGAUGUAUAGAGAAAAAGGGACAGUUUUAUUGAUAACAGCCCAUUAUUUUUAAACACUGGUCUCAGCACUGGGAAGUUGAGUAAAAGAGAAAAAAAACAACAUUCACUGGAAACUAGACAUACUUCCCUAAAAUAGGACUUCAAUGACAAUCUAAACUGAAAGAUAAUCAAUUCUUUCCAAACACAAAUACAAGGCACUUUCCAGUUGCUGUGGAAAUAAAAAAAAACAACCAAAAGGCAUUUUUUAAAUGACAGAUCAUCAGUGCAGAUAUUAAGGAAGAGCCAGGUCGUCCUGAAGAAAAGCAGCCUGAAAAGGAUAAUGACAGAGGGGAUUUCCCAGCCGGGUAUUUUGAGAAGCAGCUGUCUCUGAAAAGCUCCGUCUCCGCGCAGACUGAGAGCUGCAGAUCCGCUUCAGAGCAUCUUUCAGCGGGGGCACUGGAAGAUGCAGACGUCGGCAUGUCGCGCUGCUCCCGGAUCUCUGUAGUCAUGACGGCCGGAGGAAGAUGUGUGAACUGACUUGUGUCAUUCCUGGCGUUGUUGGAUCUGUUUUUUCUUUCCACCGAGUGAAUCUGUGAAUCUGGACGUGUUGCGGGACUGAAAUGGAGCGUCAGUCCGAAGCGUGAAAGACACCGACCGACAGUUUGUGUUUGAGGGCUAAAAUUGGACAAUAAGCAAAGGAAAUCAGAAAGAGGGGGGUCUCAUCAUUUGCAAUGGUAAUUUUUCUGUUUCUAUUUUUAGCCACAAUUUCUUUUCUCCAUUGUGACAUGACCACGAAGCCAUAUUGAAUGCCUUAUUAAUGAUUUUUCAUGGAAUUUAAUUCACAGACACUUGCUGUAUUCUCUAAUUAGGAGUAUAUUGACCUAAUUCAAAGAAGCCAAUCAUGUCCAAAAAUAAGAGCAGCGAGUCAGUGAAGGUGGUAGUUCGAUGCCGUCCGUUGAGCCGGAAAGAGGAGUCUAAUGGUCCUGCUGGGGGGAUUGUGCAGAUGGAUCUACGGCUCGGACAGGUGAUCCUCAGAAACCCCCGAGCGCCACCAAGCGAGCCCCAAAAAACAUUCACAUUUGAUGCGGUAUACGAUUCAAGCUCCAAACAGCGAGACCUGUAUGACGAAAGCGUCCGUCCACUGAUAGAUUCAGUUCUUGCAGGCUUCAAUGGCACCAUCUUUGCCUACGGGCAGACUGGAACUGGAAAGACCUACACCAUGCAGGGAUUGUGGCUGGACCCAGAGAAGCAAGGUGUGAUCCCUAAUGCUUUUGACCACAUCUUCACGCACAUUUCCCGCUCACAGUCCGACAAGCAGUAUCUGGUGCGGGCGUCCUACCUUGAGAUCUACCUAGAGGAGAUCCGUGACCUCCUUGAUCCCAAUCACGGCAACACCAGAGGACUUGAGCUCAGAGAGAGUCCGGAGACAGGAGUUUAUGUUCAAGAUCUCACAUCUUGCGUGUGCAAAAGUAUCAAGGAGAUCGAGGAGGUAAUGAAUGUGGGCAAUCAGGCCAGGGCAGUUGGAGCAACGGACAUGAAUGAACAUUCAUCAAGGUCCCAUGCCUUGUUUCUGAUCACUGUGGAAUGCAGUCAGCCUGGACCAGAUGGGAGGAAACAUAUUAGAGUGGGACGCCUUAAUUUGGUGGACCUGGCUGGCAGUGAGCGGCAAGCUAAGACAGGAGUCCAGGGUGACCGCCUUAAGGAAGCCGCUAAGAUCAACCUAUCUCUAUCAGCUCUGGGAAAUGUCAUCUCAGCUUUGGCCGAUGGACGUAGCAGCCACGUGCCGUACCGGGACUCCAAGCUGACGCGGCUGUUGCAGGACUCUUUGGGUGGCAAUGCCAAGACGGUGAUGGUUGCAACUCUUGGUCCAGCCCCCCAGCAUUACGAUGAGACUCUCACCACCCUUCGUUAUGCCAAUCGUGCAAAGAACAUCCAGAACCAGCCCAGAGUCAACGAGGACCCCAAAGAUGCUCUUCUCCGUGAGUUCCAGAAGGAGAUCGCUCGUCUCAGGGCGCAGCUCAACCACAGGAGGUUUAGGAGCAAACAGAAGAAGGAGCAGGUGGAUGGUGAGGCUUGGGAAAGAGAUGGGGAUGAAGAGGAGGAGGAGGUUGAGGAAGAAGAGGUGGAAAAAGAGGCAGAAGAGUUUGUGAAGCUGGAGGAACAAAGGUUGGAGAAGGAGAAUGAAGCCAUUAGAGAGGAUCAAUUCCUGUUGGCAGAGGAGAAGCAGAAGCUCCUGGGGGAGAACGAGAAGAUGAUGGGGAAUCUGAGGAAGAGGCAGGAAGCCACCGAACAGCUGACUGCCAGAUACAAGGCAAUGGAGAGCAAGCUGCUGGUUGGAGGGAAGAACAUAAUCGAUCACACCAACGAGCAGCAGAAGAUGCUGGAGAUGAAAAGGCAGGAGAUCGCUGAGCAGACACGAAGGGAGAGGGAGAUGCAGCAGCAGAUGUUGAUCCAGGAUGAGGAGGCGGUGGAGCUGAGGGAGACGUUCACAUCCCUUCAACAAGAAGUCGAGGCCAAGACCAAGAAACUCAAGAAGCUGUACGCCAAGCUCCAGUGCACCAAGGCGGAGAUCAAGGACGUGAACGACGAGCACGUGAGGAGCCGGCAGGAGCUGGAGCAAACGCAGAACGAGCUCACCAGGGAGCUCAAGUUCAAGUAUCUGAUCAUAGAGAACUUCAUUCCUCCAGAGGAGAAGAAUAAAAUCAUGAACAGGUUGAUGUUUGACCCAGACGAGGAUGAGUGGAAGUUCAAGCCUCUUGUUCCAGAUGAAAGUAAAUCCUCACAGAUGAAGAAAAGACCAGCGUCUGCAGUCGGAUACAAGCGACCAAUCAGUCAAUACGCUCGGGUAGCGCUGUCCAUGGGAACUCACUCCAGAUACAGGGCUGAGAACAUCAUGUUGCUGGAGCUGGACAUGACUCCUCCAAACACCUCAGCUCUGACGGACGGGGAGCAGAACCAGAGUCCUACACUGAACAACUCUCCCACCAACGACAAAGGAAUCUGCUAAUCUCGCUCUUGGUACCAGAGUCAAAAAUCCAUCACUUCCUCUUCUUCUAAUAAUUCCUUGGCGGGUUGUCAGACGGCCACGCCUGCAGCGGCAAUGUAAAGCUUUGUUACAAAUAGUUUUUUUAAUUAUUAUUUAUUUGAUUUCUUCACUUGUUUUGGCCCGUUUGCGGCUUUAAAGACCUUUAAUUGACACCAGGACACAAACACACACCAUCACCUCUGCUGCCUCCGAAGAAGGCAUAAAACAGGAAGCUAACAGACCGGAUGAACCUCAGAGACUCCGUGAGACUUCACUCCUUCAGUUCGUUUCGGUUCAAACUGUCCCUUUCUUCUGCAUGUUUGAAUCAAAGAGGUUUUGGAUCAACAUUUUCAAAGAGAAAAUAUAGUCUCACUGAAGUAACUGGUGAAUUUUGGAGAGAAAAAUGGAAGACAUGGAUUAAGAUCUCAAUAAAUACUGAGAUAUCUAUACAUAUUUCAUCUAUUCAGGGGAUUUCCAGGUUAGGUUUUGUCUGUUUUAUGUGUAAAGGGAAGACUUUAACAAUUAAGAACAUUUUGUCUCUGUUGGCUUUUGGAAGUGACUGCAGUAAAAAUAAUAAUAAUGAUGUCGUUGGUCAGAUGUGGUCCUGAAACCUGAAUGAUGACCUUUAUCAUCCCUGUCCAUCCGUCUGUCUUUCUGUGUCUAAUUCAACUCAAAUGUCUUGAAAGAAAUAUCAUUAAAGUGCAGAAUGUGAUGCUUGA